AGAGAGAGAGAGAGAGAGAGAGAUCGGUCCCCGGUUUGAAAGCCAGUAAUUAGUGACGUGCCUUCCCAACGAGGAGAGCUGUAGCUGCUGGGAGAGCAGCCCGGUGGCGGAUGAACAGGGGCUCCGUCAGACCACCGGGGCGAUGAGGAGAGAAGAGGACGGACGACAGAAAGCCUUCUGCCGCAGAGAAAACCCAGAUUAGGCUGAUCUGACCAACAGCUCUACCGGCAUACCCGGUGCGUGCACACCGCGACUCCCACCCACCUUGACCACCCAUCAGGUUGUGUAGUGACUUGGUGGUGUAGGGUGGAGCUGGACGCACGGACUGUCGGCAGGAUAACGUCUGAAUGCGUCUUAUUAGAUGAUCUCCGUCAUCACCGGGUCGGUCCCCCCCGUUCUCCUGUUCAGGUAGGCUACAACCUGGUUUCAGUUUAGUGCAACUGUGUGUCUUCUCUGCAACCUGUCCGAGUGCACAAACAGAACUACUCAAACCAUUCGUCAGUUUUUCGGAGGAAGUAACACGUGUAAUUAUGAGACCACUUUGGCUCUGCGAUGGUUUUUCUGUUGCGCACAGAGCCAUGCAGCUUGCAGAAGGCACUGAAGGCAGCACGGUAGUGGCUAUUACAUGUAAAGUAGGCUAUCAAUAUGCUUUCUAACCGCAGAGCAGAGAAACGCAGCCUCAUUUAGAAGCUUUCUGUUCUUUGUGCUAUUCCAGCGGAUGAGCGAACCCCGGGGAAAGGGGCGCCCCUGUGACCGGAGGAGGGUUGGAUUCUCCCCGGCUGGUGACCUCCUGCUCCGGGGGGAAAAAUCCUCCCACGACCCGGCGUCACCUCACCUCCACCUCACAGCGACGCAGGCCAUCGAUGCGUCCGGCAGCCCCUGAUGCUCGGCAGUGCUCCGGGGUUUUCCGGUCGGUGGGAGAGGCUCGAGCCGCGGCCACGCGCUAGGAUGCUGCGCCAGGUGUUGCACGCGGGCCUGAGGACCUCCUUCCACGCGCUUGGCCGGUUCGUGGCGAGCCACCCGGUGUUCUUCGCCUCCACGCCCGUGCUCCUCUCCAUCCUGCUGGGGGCCAGCUUCAGCCGGUACCGUGUGGAGGAGGACGUGGAGGGUAUGCUCGCGCCGAAGCAUAGCCUGGCGAAGAUAGAGGGUAACCUGGUGGACAGCCUCUUCCCCGUGAACCGCUCCAAGCACGCGCUCUACUCCGACCUGCAAACGCCGGGCCGCUACGGGCGCGUGAUCGUCACCACCAGAAAGGGGAGCGUGCUGGACCCGGUUCAUCUGGAUACCAUACUAAAGCUCCACAAGCGGAUCUACCAGAUGCAGGUGACGGUCCCGGCCACAGGUGUCAACAGCUACAACUACUCCUUCUCCUACCUCUGUCUACCCGAUGACAAGAACGUCUGCAUCAUCGAUGACAUCAUCCGUGCCAUGGAGGAGAUCCAAUCAGCUCGCACCUCCAACCGCUCUGUCCCAAUUCUGCGCUACCCAAUCACGCAGCUGGCAGACGGACGGCAGGCGUACAUCGGCCACCAGCUGGGUGGCGUGCAGGGCUGGGGUCCCAGCGGGGCGGUGCGAGGUCAGGGGACAGGAGCCAGGGGAGAAGGUGUACGUUCUGCCAGGGCGUUGCAGCUCACCUACUACCUCCAAGCACAUGGCAGCCUGAUGGAGCGGGUGGCCAGCCAAUGGGAAAAGGCCUUCUGUGCUGAGUUACAGCACUUUGCAGCGUUGCACCCUAAGCUGGGGCUGUACCCUUCUACAUCCUCUUCUCUGAGAACUGACUUCCAGUUUUCCUCUGUGCUGGCACACCGCCCCCUGUUGGCCAGCUUGGGGGCGUGCGGUGUGCUGGCCGUCCUCUGCUGCUCUAUGAGGGACUGUGUGAGGUCUAAACCCUGGUUGGGACUGCUGGCUUUGCUGUCAGUCACACUGUCAGGCCUCACUGCUGCUGGGAUACUCAACCUGACCGGGGCCACUUACAACUCUACGUACCUGGGCAUCCCUUUCGUCAUGCUUGGACAUGGGCUCUUCGGCUCCUUUGAGAUGCUGUCGUCAUGGAGGCGAACCCGGGAGGACCAGCAUGUGAAGGAGCGCGUGGCGAGCGUCUUCGAGGACGUCAUGUUGCGUUUCUCCGGCUCCACCAUGCUCCACCUGAUGACCCUGGGCCUGGCCGCCUCGCCGCUCACCAACAUGGAGGCUGUCCGGCUUUUCUGCCGCACCGCCACACUGUCUGUCACCAUCAGCUACGUUUACAUGUUGUCCUUCUACAGUUCCUGUCUGGUGUUCACUGGAUACUUAGAGACCGGGUACAGACAUGGCUGCUUCUGCCGGCGAGUCCCCAAACCGGACCGGCUGGACUCUAAACCGGCCUGGUACAGGUGUCUCAUGUACACGCGCUACCAGGACGAGGCUCAAACAACCAACCCACCACAUGAGGUCGAUCACAGUCCCGCCCAAACGCCAAACUCUAACCUAACUCUCACACAUGCGCACACACACCCACACACGGCGAACAACACUGCUGCGCAUGGACACGUUCAUGUGGCUAACUCCACACACACGCACCCACACCCACUCCCACACCCACUCCCACUCCCACUCCCACUCACACAUUCCACAGCUAACACGGAACCUAAUCCUCAGGACUCUCACCUUUUGCUGGGGUGUGUGAGGCGUUGCUAUGGAGACUGGAUCACUAACACCUACGUCAAACCCUUUGUGGUUCUGCUGUAUCUGGUUUACAUCUCCUUUGGCUUGAUGGGCUUUCUGCAGGUGACCCAGGGUUCAGACCCCAGUGCACUGGUUGCCAUGGAUACAGCGACAGUAUUGUACACCCGUGCCCAGCAGCGUUACUUCAGCUCGUACUCCCCUGUCAUUGGAUUUUACAUCUAUGAAAGCGCCCCCUACUGGAAUGCCUCGGUGCAGCGGGACCUGUUGGAAUACGCCAAAGGCUUCCAGCGAAUCAGCUGGCUGGAAGCUUACCUGAACUACCUGUCGGAUCGCAACCAGUCCACCAGCCAGCCGCGGGAAAACUUUACCCACACGCUUCGCCACUCUUUCCUCCGCGAGCCGCAGUUCGCCCACUUCGCCGACGACAUUAUAUUUGCGGAGCGCGGCCAGGGCGAGGAGCCCGAUGUGGCUGCGUCACGAAUCUUCUUGGUGGCCAAGACGACAGAGAACAAGCGGGAAGAGAUGUCAGUGCUGCUGGACACGCUGCGGCGCCUGUCGCUGACCUCUCGUGUCCGCUUCCUAAUCUUCAACCCCUCCUUCGUCUACCUGGACCGCUACGCUGCAGCGGUCAGCUCCCCCCUCAGACACUCACUGCUGGCGGUGCUCUUCCUGUUGGGUCUGUCCUCGCUGGCCGUCAUGGAGCCGCUGGUGUCCGUGUGGCUGGGCCUCACCCUGCUCUCCGUCCAGUUCGGGGUGCUGGGCUUCAUGACCUUGUGGGGCGUGGAACUGGACUGCAUGUCUGUGUUGUGUCUGAUCUCAGCCUUGGGACACUCGGCAGACUCCAGUGGCCCCCUCCUCUGCGGUUUCGCCUCGGGUCAGGGCGACAGCAGGACUCGCUGGGUGAGAGUGGCGCUGGAGAGACACGGGGUUCCCUCUCUACAGACGCUCAUCUGCUACAGCGCCGCCCUGGUGCCUGUUAGCUCUGUGCGCUCCAACCUCACACGCACACUGUUUCGCUGCCUCACCCUCACGGCCGGCUGCUCGGUCCUGCACACGCUUGCGUUCCUGCCCACCCUCCUUACCUUUCUGCCUCCCUCCAAGAGCCAGGGACAGCGGCCGGAGGGAGAGGGGCAGAGACAGGAGGUGGAGUGCGUUGAAAUGAACGACAGCACCCGAGUGGUAGACCAGAUCACCACUGUCUGAGCAUGGGAUGCUGUUGUUUUUUUUUUCUUCCUUUGGCCCCUUGGUUGCCAUAGUGACUGCCGGCUGGGAUUUGGUUCACUGUAGUCUGAGCAGCCACUAUGCAUGCUGCAGACAAGAAUGCCGAUCCUUUUAAAGACGGGGAGACGGAGAGUGUCACUGAGAGAAAGAUAGGCUGGAAAGAAAGAAGUAGGGGGUCAAGACGAAACGGUAAAGGAGAGUGGGAGGCUAGUGAAGACAAGAAGAAGAGAAAGACGGGUUUCCAAUGCAGUGUAUCCAUGGUUACCUGCUUGUUGCUAGUGCUGUGUGGCAUGUGAAUCAGCUCUUUCCCAAACAGAAGUUGAAGGAUCAGCUGAGGUCAUGCCUGGCUGUGACGUUAUCACAGAGGAAGUGCCACAUUUUUUCACGUGUCCAAAAGUUGCUUUAGAUCUGAUCACAAUGUUUGGCUACUGCUAUCUGUUCGCCAUAUCAAGUUGCACAAAUACAGCUACAAUGACAUGAGGCAAUCAUCUGUAUGACUCAAGUAUUUCUACUUUGAUGCUGGACAAAUAAAGUCAAAUCAAGAAAACA